GCAUCACUUACACGAAGCAAGGGCAAAGGUCAGUAUUUACCGCGCCCCCCCGGCCCAGCAGCCCACAGUUCUUCCAGCAGAAAAAAAGCGGAAGUGUGUGGAUGCGUCACUUCCUGUGACACGCUGAGCGCCAGGACGGCGGCUCGGAGACGCCAUGUUGGGAGUGGCACGUGAGAUGCCGGAACCCGGACGGCCAUCUUGGAUAGGACUACGAAGCCUUAGAGUUCUGAAGGUUUGCGCUUAAUGGCGGCGCAAGGUGCCUCCAUCUUGGGAGUGGCGGGUUCUGCGAUCGCAAAAGAAAGUGCCUGAAAAACGCGCGAACACCCGGUGGGUUUGGGGUGGGAGGAGGAAAAAAAAGACGAACACGUGACUCCAAAGAACCCUCCCCCACCGUGUAGCGGCGCGACUCUGCUCCGCCCCCUGUUGGGCCCGCCCCUCCGCAGCACCAGCCAAUGAGAGCAGUGGUGCCGAACGCCGACGGUUUCCAUGGGAGCGCAUAGGAAAGCGGGGAGGAGGUUACCUAGCAAUCCGGAGAUGCUGCUCGGCCCAGCCAAACGGUAGGAAAGUGCUUUUUCAGCCACAGAAACCCGAACCGACGGAUCCCGGACAGAGGCGACUCCCCGGCGCCCCCCCAGCCCCCUGGAGCCUUUGUCCCCAACCCAAUCAUGACGUCUCCCCUGUGCUGGAUGGCCGCCACCAGUGCCACGGUGCCUUCUCAGGACCAGAUUCCGACUUCUUCCAAGUCCAAGCGCAGUCAAGAUCAGGCCAAAAGCCGCCCUAGAGGCAAGGUCGCGGGGCAGGCCUGGCCUCCAGUCCAUUCCAAGGGACCCAUCUAUGCCAGCCCCGGGAAGGUCGCUCUCCAAAUGCAGAUGGCUGAGAUACAAAAGAAGAUACAAGCAUUAGAGAGUGAUCGGAAGGCCUUUUAUGAGAGCACCCAGUGGAACAUCAAGAAGAAUCAGGAAACCAUGAACCAGCUACAUGAGGAUAACAGGGUGCUGCAGCUACAGCUGAGGGACCUGCUCCAGGGAGAAGAGAAAGUGGUCCAGGCAGUGAUUCAGGACUGGAAGUCAGAGAAGCCAUACCUGAAGAACAGGACAGGACAGCAGGCCCUGGAGCUCCUGGACCACCGGCUGAGUGAGAAGGUGAAGCAACGGAAUGGUCUGCGGCACCAGAUGGGAUUGCGGCAGAAGUGGCUGGAGGAGCUCCAGCUGCAGCACAGCCUACGUGAGCUGGAGAUGGAAGAGGUGCAAGAUAGCAACACUGAGAUGGCUAAGACCUUGCGGAACCUGGAGAACCGUCUCGAGAAGGCUCGGAUGAAGGCGGAGGAGGCGGAACACAUCACCAAUGUGUACCUGCAGCUCAAGGCCUAUCUACAGGAAGAGAGCCUUCACUUCGAGAACCGUCUGGACUCCAUGGAGAGUGAGGUGGUGAAGACAAAACAGGAACUGGAGGAGAUGCGCGUGGUGAACCAGGAGGCACUCAACACCCAGAACACUGCCAAGAAUCAGCUGCAGUAUCUGGAGGAGACUGUGUUCCGAGAACGCAAGAACCGCGAGCACUAUGUAACCGAGUUCAAGAAACUCGCAGACGAGAAGAAACUGCAGAACGAACGCAUGGAGCGCAAGACCCAUCGAGAGCAUGUGCUGCUGCAGUCCGAAGAUACGAUCCAGGACAACCGGAAGGCCAAGGAGGAGGAUCUGCAGCUGCGCUGGAGCAUGUACCAGUUGGAGAUGCUCUUCGGCAAGGUCAAGGACGCCACUGGCGUGGCCGAAACGCAUGCGGUGGUGCGGCGGUUCCUGGCGCAGAGCGACACCUUCACGCAGUUGGAGAUGCUCAAGAAUGAGAACAUAGAGCUGCUGCUGAAACUGAAGCAAGAGAAGGAGCAGCUGCAGCAGGAGCUCGAAGACCACAAGUACUCAGGGGAGGCCAUGCUAGUGAGUGAACAGAGGCUGCAGGCCGUGUUGCAGAGUAGCCUCAAUGCAGAGCAGCAGCGGAAGGCCAAGGCCCAGGCCGAGCUGAAGCAGGCCAUAUGGGCGAUGCAAAUCCUGAGGGAGGGCCUGGAGCACCUGGCGGGCAAGCUGAACCACCUCCCAAUGGGCAGCCAGGGCUCUGAGGAAGAACUACCCAGAACCACCCAGGACUUAGCCCCUCAGGAGGCCGGGGGCUCCGCUAUGAAAGAGCUGGAUCCCAAGGCCAGCGACUACCUGCCCAAGCUGCUGGGCCUGGUGGAGGAGAAGCUGCUGGCGCUGCAGGCGCAGUUAGACAGACAGGACAUUCCGGAGAUGCUGCGCCACAUCGCGAAUCGCGAGUUCUACUCCAACCUGGAGGGAAAGCUGCCGGCGUACAACACCCGCAUCACCUUCCCCCUUGCCAUUCCCAAGGACAAGUUCUUUGACGAAGAGGAGACCGAGGACGAUAACAACGACCUGGUUUCUCGUACGGAGCUCAAGAUCCGCUCCCAGAAAUUAAUCGAUUUUCGCAGCAAGAAGCGCAACCGCUCUCGGAGGUCCUAGACUCGCCCUCGUACCCACCUGGCCUCUCCCGGCCCCGCGGAGCUCCCAAGCCCUCUGGGCUCAGCCACCGGCCCUCGGGGCCGCUCAAGGGCCGAGCGGCCCGACCGGGAGCGAGCCGGCCAUCGGCGCCCGGAAUAAAUAUCCCCAGGCGGCCGCGCUGGCCUCGGAAUCACAAAAUAAAGGUCACCGACCAGCCUCCUGGUACUCGCCUCUCCUUGACCCUGCACCUCCCCGAAGACACCGCUCCUCAACCUCGGGGCCACAGGCUCUGCCCCUCCCACCAGCGGGGAACACAGUGGCCCAGAGAUUGGCCCACACCGGGAGGACCCCCCGCCGGGCACACAGCCCCUCGCCCGCUUGGCCGUCCGGAGUCCCGCACCCCAGGGCGCACGCCAGGGGCCUCCCUGGAGAGGGGCCUUUCCCUGGGCACAGGU